GUUCCCCCUCCUCCUCCCGCCACCCCCUGCUGGGAGGUGCUGCAGGGUGGAUCAGCAGCGAGUGCAGACUGAAAAUCACGGGCUGUGUUUGCUCCUGCGUUAAAUCACUCUGUUGGAUCCACACAUGCAGAGAAGCACGGGUCCUCAGCUCAGGUCGGACACGAUGGAGCGCGAACAAACGACGGGAUUCAUCUAGAGCCGCCGCUGACGUCUCCUCGUGUUUGGAUCAGGUGAGAGCAGCUCUCACACUCAGGCCAUGGACAUAGAGGAGCAGACUUCUUUGUUGGGGACAGGACUGGUGUCCAGGAUGUUCCACAUGCUACGGUCUGCACGGAGCAGUGUUGCUCCUGCAGAGGACGGCUUGAGGCGCAGAGGAAGUGAUGCCCAGCGGCUCCUGGCUGCACACAACAUGAACAACUGCAACAACAACGAUGGAAAAAAGGAUGAGAAAAAGGAUGAGAAGAAGGAUGAGAAGAAAGAUGAGAAGAAAGACGAGAAAAAAGAUGAGAAGAAAGACGAGAAGAAAGACGAGAAGAAAGACGAGAAGAAAGACGAGAAGAAGGACGAUAAAAAAGACGACAAGAAAGAUGACAAGAAAGAUGACAAAAAAGACGACAAGAAGGAGGAGCCAAAGGAAGUGUGGAUCAUGGACCCUGCCACAGACAUGUACUACUACUGGCUGUGCACAAUAUCCAUCCCAGUGUUCUACAACCUGAUGUUCCUGGUUGCUAGGUCCUGCUUCAACCAGCUGCAGGGUGCUAAUACAACCAUGUGGCUGGUUAUGGACUACACUUCAGAUAUCCUCUACCUCAUUGACACCUUUGUCAGAGCCAGGACAGGUUUUCUGGAGCAAGGACUUCUUGUAAAGGACGCAAAGGUCCUGAAAGAGAAGUACAUGAAGACGCCCCAGUUCAAGUUAGACAUCCUGUCCAUGCUCCCCACUGACAUUGUCUUCAUUGGCAUUGGCAUCAACAACCCAGAGUGGAGGUUCAACCGCCUCUUCAGGUUGGCCCGGCUGUUUGAGUUCUUCGACCGGACAGAGACGCGAACCAACUUCCCCAACAUCUUCCGAAUUGCCAAUCUCGUACUUUAUAUCAUCAUAAUCAUCCACUGGAACGCCUGCCUUUUCUUCGCCAUCUCCAAGACGAUAGGCUUUGGCUCAGACACCUGGGUCUACCCCUCCUUCAAGAAGCCCGGUUUUGACACACUCACGAGACAGUACAUCUACUGCUUUUACUGGUCUACUCUCACUCUGACCACCAUCGGCGAGACGCCUCCACCGGUCCGAGACAUUGAGUACUUCUUCGUGGUAGCCGACUUCCUGACUGGGGUUCUGAUCUUUGCUACGAUCGUAGGCAACGUGGGCGCCAUGAUUUCCAACAUGAGUGCUGCCCGAGUAGAGUUCCAGGCCAAGAUCGACUCCAUCAAACAGUACAUGCAUUUCCGAAAGGUCACCAAAGACCUGGAGACGAGGGUGGUGAAGUGGUUCGACUACCUGUGGACAGAGGAGAAGACCUGCGACGAGAGGCAGGUGCUGAAGAACCUGCCGGACAAGUUGAAGGCUGAGAUUGCCAUCAACGUACACCUGGAGACCCUCAGUAAAGUGCGCAUCUUUCAAGACUGCGAGGCAGGUUUGCUGAUCGAGUUGGUGCUGAAGCUCCAGCCUCAGGUUUUCAGUCCUGGGGACUACAUCUGUAAGAAAGGAGACAUUGGUAAGGAAAUGUACAUCAUAAAAGAAGGGAAGCUGGCUGUUGUGGCGGAUGACGGGAUCACGCAGUUUGUUGUCCUCAGUGACGGAGCCUACUUUGGAGAAAUCAGUAUCCUUGGUAUCAAAGGCAGUAAGGCAGGAAAUCGAAGAACAGCCAACAUCCGAAGCGUGGGCUACUCCGAUCUGUUCGCCCUGUCCAAAGACGAUCUGAUGGAGGCGCUCAUCGAAUACCCUGAUGCCAAGUAUGCGCUGGAGGAGAAGGGAAGGGCCAUUCUGAUGAAGGAUAACCUCAUAGACGAGUCCCUGAUUGGCAUAGUUGACGCCAAAGAUCUGGAGGACAAAGUCAACAAGAUUGAAGCCAACUACGAGGUGAUGGCAGCCAAACUGAGGAAGCUGACAGACAACUAUGAGUCCUGCCAGCGCAAACUCAAGCAGCGGCUCACAAAUAUGUCCAAUCAGGUCCGAACCCUUCGAGUCGAAGAGUAGCCAUGUUGGGCUUGGCACUGCCAGGCUGAAAGACUCUGUUUCAGGACAUCACUGAGGUUGUUCCACGGUUCUCAAUGACACCAUUCUAUAAAGUCACUGUUUGAAUAGCUGGUUGACUCAAACCUUCAGAGAAUCAGCUGAAUUGUUUUCCUACUGAGGAAACAGUCUAGAAUACUCUGCCCUUCUAGGAUUAACAUCAUUAUUUUAUACUAUUAUAAAGAUUCUUGUGUGAUGCAACUGAGAAACUGGAGACUAGUAUAGCAGAAACACUUUAGUAUUAUGUACAACAUAUAUAGUGGUCUCAAUGUUCUAUGAACAAAGUCUUAAGAGUUUACCUGCAGACUGUCAAUU